AUGGAGGGGACAGAAAAAGUGUUGGACAAGCGGACGACGCUGCUACGGCCUCCGGAGCCGGAUCUGAGCAAGUCGCCCAUCGAGAACACAGUCGAGGUGACGCCGCUGGCAGUGCUGGGCCCGGACAUCUUCACCAACACGCGGCCGCUGUGGCUGCCCCCCGGGGCGCGCGGUGUCUACGGAGGCGCCGUAAUUGCGCAGAGUCUGGCGGCGGCGCAGCUGACGGUGCGCGACGACUUCCUGGUGCACUCGUGCCACUGCUAUUUCCUGCUGGCUGGGUCGGCGACGAUCCCCAUCAUGUACCACGUCGAGCGGGUGCGCGACGGCCGCUCGUUUGCGACACGGACGGUGCAGGCGAGGCAGAAGGGCAACUGCAUCUUCACGACGACCAUCAGCUUCGUGCGGGAGAACAGCGGCGGCGAGAAGCAGAUCCGGCAUGCGGCUGCACUGCCCGACGCGGAGAUGCCAGAUCCGAGCUGGGACGAGGAGGAUCAGGCCUGGUCCAGGGCAGGGCCGUUCAAGAGCCGCCGCAUCGAGCUCAAGGACGCCGACGCCCGGCCGGACCAGCGCAAGGCGCGGCAGUGGCAUCGCGCCCGCGGCCAGAUCUCUGAGGCGGGAGGCCACCAGGCGCAUCUCAACGCGCUGGCAUACAUCUCGGACAGCUACUUCAUCGGCACGGUGUCGCGCAUCCACCGGCUGUGGCGGCUGGGCAUGACGCCGGAGCAGGUGGUGGAGCUGCCGGAGCCCGAGGGCACGCGGAUACGGCAGUUUCUCGCGUACGACGGCAUGGGCAGUGAGCCCGAGGAGUGGAAGGGGCUGGAGCGGGUCGGGAUGCUGGUGAGCCUGGACCACAGCAUCUACUUCCACGAACCGAAGCGGGUGAGGGCGGACGAGUGGAUGUUUUCGGAGAUGGAGAGUCCGUGGAGCGGAGAUGGGAGGGGGGUUGUGAUGCAGCGGAUUUAUGCGCAGGACGGGACGUUGCUGGCGAGUUGCAUACAGGAGGGCGUCGUGAGGUUGCAGCAGGACGGGGCGGAAAAGGCAUCCAAGAUUUGA